CAAGCGCCGGAAGCCUUCUCUGGAAUGCUGAUGUGUUAUUUUGCUUUGGUAGAUGUUUAGUUUUCAAGAUAAAUCUUAAAAAAGGUCACUAUUAGUACAUUUAAAUGCUGACAGGGAGAGAGGCUAUCCGGUGAAAAUAGACGCACGUGAAGGAGGAUUCAGAGGAGAUGGCGCCUAAAGGAAAAGUAGGAACCAAAGGCAAAAAACAAAUCUAUGACGAAAAUCAGGAUACUCUGAAAUUUUACUCCAGAAUCAUCCUUGGUGCAAAUGCAAUUUUUGUAGCUACAAAUCUCUUACUCUUUUACACCUCAUCUACAUUUUGGACAUGGUUCUUGCUACUGUUUGCAUUGGCAAUUUAUAUUGGCAGCUACAAAUCUAUGUCAGCAAUGGCCAAACCUGCAUUUGCUGAUGAUGGUAGCUUGCUGGAUGGAGGAAUAGACCUUAAUAUGGAACAGGGCAUGGCAGAACACCUUAAGGAUGUGAUUCUUCUAACUGCUAUUGUUCAAGUCCUUAGCACACUGUCAUCUUACUUCUGGUACUUCUGGCUCCUGGCACCUGCGAGAGCAUUGUACUUGCUGUGGGUUACCUUCCUUGGCCCCUGGUUUUCUGCUGAUUCACAGGGGGCCCCUGAAGAGAACGAAAAGAGCGAUAAGAAACAGAGGCGACAGGAGAGACGUCAAAUGAAAAGAUUCUAGAUCUGUCCACGGUAUUUUUUACAUUUUAUUGUUCAAUAACACUCUAAGUUAUUAUGAAAGGUUUGACAUGACAGAUUAGCUCAGAAAAAUUACGGACACUGUAAAGUGUCUUCGGUUUUUAUCUUUCACACGUGUCAUCUACUGUUCCGUCCUUCUUGGUUCUCCGGCUUCCUUCUAAUUUGUUUAGCUCAGGGGUGCCUUUGUCGUAUCUGACUGCUGACUGAGCUUCCAACUGUGUUGUGUUUUAUCAUGAUUACUACGUUCAUGAGGUCCACUCACCAGUUGCAGGCUUAGCUAUUGCUUUAACAGACAAAUGCUCUUUAGACACGACGAUGCACGAGGAGUUAACUUAAACAGCCAUUUAAAACUUACACAUCACUUCAUCGUGGCUUUUGGAAUUUACUUACAGGCUUAUUGAUUUGAAUGUGCAUGAUUCUGUAUCAAAAGCGAUUUAGAUUUUGAUAAUGAACGAUUUCCCACGGGUUGUUCUUAAAAAGCUUAGUGUGGCCUGGUGCUGCCUUGAGGGACGAAUGCAGAAUGAAAGAUUAUGAUUGACCUUCUGUGGAAUUAAAGGACUCUAUAGAAUCACAUCUAUUUUUUUAAUUUGGUCUGCUAAAACUGUUCAGCUUUGUGAUUUUGGUAUAAAGAACAAUUUUUAACAUUCAUGACCUCUCAGUAUUGAGUUGCCUUGAUCAACUUGACACUUUAUUGACUCAAAAAGUGUCAGUUUUAGGACCAUAAAUAUAAUUUUCUACAUCUUACCUGCUGCACCAUAACAGGGAGGUAAACAUUUUUCAGAGUAAAUGUACGCAUAGCGAAUUGUGUGAAAUAAAUAAACUGUUAAAAAUGUA